UGCGGGCUGCACGUCUCCAAACCGUCUUCAGCCACAAUUUUGAAGGAAUAAAAUGUCCAGCUUGAAGGAGUCCAGCACUUGUCCCGACGGCUACAGGGCUCUGAAUACAAGUGAGCUGACGGAGCUUUUACAGAACGACGACAAAAUGGACCAAAUUAUUCGCCUCAAUGAGACGUUUCAGGACCUUCAAGUGGACAGGGAGACGUUGAUGACCUCCAACCGGAGCUUGGCCGAGGAGAGCCUUGCCCAACGACCCCGCCUUAACAACGGCAAACUCCAGCUGGCGGAGAAAUACCGGGAACUGUCCAACCUGGCAACCAAAUGCUGGGAGAAACAGAGUCAGCUUGACGCUCGCGUCCAGAAGAACGGCCUGCAGACGGUGCAGAACCUCCUGCAGGAAGAGGUGGCACGUGCUGAGGAGCAUUCAGAGGAGCUGCUGGAGAAGUUCAUGGAGGGGAACGUAAGCCUGGAUGAGUUCUUGGACUCCUUCCAAAGCUCCAGGAAGACGUAUCAUAUCCGCCGGGCGCAAGCGGAGAAGAUGCAGGAGAUCGCUCAAGCCAAGCGGCAGCCGAGCAAAACCAAGGAGGAGAGUAGAGUCCCGGAGGUGAGGAAGGACUCGGAGCAGGUUCAGGAGCCGCACCGGCCCAACGGCUUCGUAGCGCAAGGACCUUUAAGAGUGUUCCAGGUCCGCUACGGCCUCACGCCGGCCAUCCUCCUCCCUCAUUACCCCGUUUCUCCCCCUGCCUCAGCCCCAGUCCAUCAAAGUAGUACCCCCCCACCCGAACCUCAGCUGGGACAGACCCACAUCCUCAGCCCCAGCACCCCGCUUCCAGGACACGGCCAGCCGGUCGGCCUCAGGGUCAUCGGACAGCUAUCGGGGGGCUGGCCGGCUAACGGGCGGCCGGUGAGAGUGCAGCAGCUUUACAGGCCGAACCCUCAACAGCCCGAGCCGCCGUACCGAUAAGCUCGAGGAAGGGGGGAGGAGGAGAAGGAGGAGGAAGAGGUGGAGGAUGAAGAAUGGCCGGUUUGAGAGGUCUUCCAAGCGGGGAACCAAACAGUGGCUGUCACAAUCAUGUAAGCAAAGACUGAUCCAGAGACAGGCAGCACUGCAGACGUCCGUUUCUGUUCUCCAUCCAUGACACAUAAAUGUAACCACCAGAGGGAAGCGAGCA